AUGUAAAUUCGGUACGUUUCUGUAUUUGCACGUGAAGAAGAUAUCAUCUCUAUAUUUACAUAUAGAGAUGAUAUUUCUUUAAAAUUAGUGGAUAUUCAAGCUGUUAACAAUUUAUAUGCUGUAUAAAUAUAUUUCGUAUUGAUUUACCUUUGUCUUAAAAUAUUGUUGUAGGUGCAACAAUUUCAUGACAUCAGUAUUUACUACAAUGAUUUUUGUCCCAAGGUUUUACUGUCACAUCGUGCUGUCAGCCCACACUUUAGUGGGAAACAUUCAGCUUUUUUUUUAUUAUUUAACUGCACUCACACUUGCUACUGUUUUUUGCAUAUGACUCAACAUGGAGCUUCUACAGUGAUUUUACAGCUUUACUUGGACUCAAAGGUUUGUUUGUGAACCUUAUUGAAGACGAUGAUGCAUCAUGAAGAUUAAGGAACAUAUAAAACAAGUCAGGGAUGAAGUUGUGGAAAAACUGAAAGCAGGGUUGGACUAUAAAACAAUUCCCAAGCUUAAAACAUUUAACAGAGCAAUGCUGAUUUCAUGAUCUGAAAUUAAAAAUUGAACAGCACAAUUGCUAACUUUCCAAAAUUUGAUUUGAUUCUUGCUUAAAUUGAGAGGUUGGUGAAAGAGAACAUAAACCAGAGAAGCUGCUAGAAAAGGCCAUAUUGACUCUGCAGGAGCUGCAGAGAUCCACAGUUCAGGUGGGAUGGACCUGUUGACAGUUGUUGAAAAUUUCCCAAAUUUUUCCCCUUUCCGUUUUUCUGUUUUCAUGUCUUACCUAUUUUGAGUAAAACAGCAGAAAAAUAUGGCUUGCUAAGUAUAACUAAAUACUCUGAUCAAAUUAAAUAGUAAUGGAGGAACAAUUAGUUAUUUAAUAGCAAUUGUUUGCAGUGCUAGUAAUUGUGACAGCAAUGACAAAUAUUUCCGUCAAAUUUGUUUCCAGCUGAAUAACUAUGCUAAAAUUGAAGGCUCAUUUAAAAAAAAAAAAAAAAAUCCAGUGUGAGGUUAACCACUGCAACAAAGAUCAAUACAUUUUAAGGAUUUAGCGCAUCAUUACAAGGUGUGGUGAUAAAUGUGAAAUGCACUGCGGAUGUGAAAGGAAAAGGAAAUGGUAAUCAUGGUGGUAAAUUACCUAAAGAGGAACAUUAUGAACACUGAGAGACUAUUAACCUGCAUAAAGACAUUCCAUCUGUGAAGUCAGACUCAUAUUCAAAGUUCUGUUAGUGAAUAUAGAUUUGACACCCCACAGUGAGAGAAUUAAUCAUACACCGUUUCCAGGAGCUCUCCCACUGUGAAGUCUGGCUACAGAACAGACAUUAUACAACUACUCCUUGCUCUCUGCAGUUGUUUUUAGCAUAUUUAGUGCACCUCUUACGCCCACCUUUAACACAUCUCCCCAAAUCAACUGGGAUUACACAGCAGAGUAUGAAUUGAGAGUGAUUUUAGGCUCUUUGAGUAGUUUAGUGGCAAAGAGAGAGCGCUUCCUAAGCCCUCAUUGUUGUGAGUGCUGUGUGUGUCUGUCUGGGGUGUUUCAGUGUUUAAUGGCCUCACUAUUUCCUGAAUAAAAUGAAGCUGACGCUUUUAUGGCAGAGUGAAGACUCCGACUGGGUGCUUGUGAUCAAUCAAAGACGUAAUUGAUUAAGAAGAGCGGGACUAUUUCUGUCUUCCUACUCGUAUUUUUUUUUUUCCCUGCCUGGGGCACGCUCUCACAUUUCUAUCCUCUAACUUCCUUUCCAAUGAUUCCGUAGUGUUUUUUUUCCUUUCUUCCCUUAUUUUCCUAAAUCCAUCACGAUAAUUGCAGAACUUGCCUUCUUUUGUCAAUUUUCCUUUAUUUUGUGAUCUGACAGACAUUUUUCUCCGCUCUACUAUCCCCACCCACCACCCUCUGUCCAGAAUCAGUGCAGGGUCCACACCAGCGUUAUCUUCUCAAAGAACUGCUGAGGGACUACAACCCUAUGGAGAGACCAGUGGCCAACGACUCCCAGGCCCUCACUGUUCACUUCUCCUUCACUCUAAUACAGGUCAUGGAUGUGCAGUAUUCCAUCCAUUUUCAAUCCACACAGCCUAGCCAUUACCUGAAAAACCUUCACACAAACAAGCCUAGCUAGACUGCUGGAUAAAAGGAUGAGAAGAAUCAGAUCCUCACCACAAAUGCCUGGCUGCAGAUGCAGUGGUAUGACCACUAUCUCCAGUGGAACCAGUCAGAGUAUCCUGGAGUCAAGAACCUCCGUUUUACCCCUGACCAGGUCUGGACCCCUGACAUAUUGCUCUACAACAGUGCUCACGAUAAGUUCGAUGCCACGUUUAAGACCAACGUGCUGGUUAACUCGAGUGGCUUCUGUGAGUAUCUGCCUCCAGGGAUAUUUGUCAGCACAUGUAAUGUGGAUGUGAGAUGGUUUCCAUUUGACAUCCAGCGCUGUGAGCUGAAGUUCGGCUCAUGGACUUUUGAUGGCUGGCUGCUGGAUAUCCAGAUGAGGGAGGCAGAUGUGUCGGGGUACAUGACCAACGGAGAGUGGGACCUUAUGGAGGUCCCCGGAGGUCGUAAUGAGGUUUUCUAUGACUGCUGUGCAGAGCCAUACCCAGAUGUGACGUUUGUGGUAACGCUAAGAAGGAGAACCCUGUUCUAUGCUCUCAACCUGCUCAUCCCAUGCGUGCUCCUGUCCUCCAUGACCCUGCUGGUCUUCCUGCUCCCCGCCAACUCGGGGGAGAAGAUCAGCCUCGGCAUCACCGUUCUGCUUUCUCUAACUGUCUUCAUGCUGAUGGUUGCAGAGAUAAUGCCCGCCACUUCCGACUCCGUGCCACUGAUCGGUCAGUACUUUGCCAGCACCAUGGUGAUUGUUGGUAUGUCGGUGGUAGCCACAGUCAUUGUCCUCCAGUUUCAUCACCACAGUCUGAAUAGUGGACAAAUGCCACGCUGGGUGCACUUGGUUCUGCUGCAGUGGGUUCCUUGGUUUCUGCGCAUGAAGCGACCAGGAGAGGGAGCAGAACCCACUCUAUCCUGCAGCCAAGCAGACUCUCACAGCAAGACUCUAUCCUCUCCGACGACCACCACCACCACCACAAUCCCCAUCCCUAUCCCAGCUUCUUCCAUCCUGCCACAAAGUCUCGGUGCCCUGCAGGCGAGCUUGGCACAGCUCAGCCACCCUCUGUCCCACCAACUUCCUCAACGCCCCCAGGUUAAUAUCCAGCCUAACACAAGCUCCAAUCCACCACCUCAGCCCAAUGGUCAUUUGCCUUACAUGGGCUUUCAGACCUUCCAGACCACAGCAGAACUAGAACCUGUUCAGAGGUGCCGGACUACCAGCCAUGGGCGGGCCAACAGAGGAUCUGGUGGAGGAGGAGAAGGAGAUGAAGGGGCAGCAGUAGGAGGAGGUGCGGUGGGAACGAUUGGAGAUAUACCAAUACAUCAGCACCUCCAGUCUUCAAAGUUUGUGAACCCCCCACUGGAAACUCUAGUAUCUCCAGACCCUGAGCAUGCAGGCGCAGCCACUGGACCCUGUGGCUUAGAUCCUGGGGGUGGGAGAUCAGCUGCCCUACAGAGCCACAGUGGGAUGAUUCGAUCUGUUGCUGUGGACAACCAGCUACAGGCUCUUCUAACGGAGGUGCAGUUCUUAGUGGAACGCGUUCGUGAGCAGGAUCGUCAGCUGAGUUUAGCAGAGCAGUGGCAGUUUGCUGCUGCCGUCAUCGACCGCCUGUGCCUGGUCGGAUUCAGUGUUUUCAACAUCAUCUGCACAAUUGCUAUCCUCAUGGCUGCUCCUAACUUUGGGAUAGCUCUAUCAAAAGACUUCCUCUGAGAGAUAAAGAAGCAAGUCGGAGAAAGAGGGUGGUGCGAUGAGACGCUGAUGGAAGCACAAUUUUGAUUUUAAAAGCGGGAAAGGACUAUUCUCAGUGACUCAGAAACUUUAGAGUUAAUUUUCUUAUGGGACAUACUGUAUAUAGAACUCAUUAUGUAGCAUAUGUGAAAAUAAUCAAAUCUGACUUGAAUUAAACUUGUAUAAAGACUAGCAUUUGUAAGAUGAUGCCCAGUUGAGAGCAGUACAGGGUUACAUUUAUUCUUGUGUGUCUUCAUUUCAACUAUAAAAUUGUGACAUUUUGAAAUUAUGCAGUUGGUUUGCCUGCUUCCACUGGGCUUUGCACUUUCUGAAGGUUUUGGUUUAAUCUCUAUGUCGGGGCCUGCCAACAGCAGCCGUCAGCUCUUACUCAUUAAGCUAACUAGCUGAACAUGGCAAUCAGCCACCCAUCAGUUAAAGCCGAUGCUACAUGUGCUAAUGAACAGCAAAUCUUUGAUCCAUCAGGGUGUAAACCUGGAUAACCUGUGUCAAACUGUAGAGAUUGAGGAAUGUUUCCUUGCAUCUGGGAUAAUGAAGAAAUAAACAUAUAUCCACUGCCUUAA